GGGGGUCGCGGCCGGGUGCGCACCUGCCCCGCCUCCUCCAGGCGGGCCACGGGGCAUGCAGCCGGUCGGGGGCGGGGCUCCAAGGCCGGGACGCGGCCACCGGCUCCCCGGCAGCCUCCGCCAGCUGGACCCUGUCGCGCUCCUGAUGCUGCUCGUGGACGCCGACCGGCCGGAGCCCGUGCUCAGCGGGGCGCGCGAGCUCGCGCUCUUCCUGACCCCCGAGCCCGGGUCCGAGGCGAAGGAGGUGGAGGAGACCAUCGAGGGAAUGCUCCUCAGGCUGGAAGAGUUCUGCAGCCUGACUGACAUGGAGCUCGCUGUGUGUGACCAGGGCUGUCAUCCAGUGCUGAAGCACCAGGCUGAAGGUGUGCCCAAGAUGCAAAGGGAGACCACAGAGAUUUUGAAGAGGGAGAGAAGAUCUAGAAGGAACUGGGCACGUGAUCCUAAGACUUAUUUGCUUAAAAAAAAAAAAAAAACAACGAAGAGCAGAGGCGUUAAAUUCUGCCUGGGAAAUCGAGAAGGCUUUGCAGAACAGGUGGUGAUUAAUUUGGGGCUUGAAGAAGGAACAGAAAGAAUUCAGCCACUGGGGAGGGCGAGCGCCCAGGCAGAGGCACCGACCCGUGGGUAUGCUAUGGUGGACACAGUGUGGACCGUGGGGGCCCACAGGCAGGCGGCGGAUUUGGAAGAUCAGGACCGACACUUCACAGAUCUUGGAGGAGAACAUCCCGCUCCUUCAGGCCAAAGUGACAGAAAUGCGUGGCGUCUAUGCCAAAGUGGACCAACUAGAGGCCUUCGUCAAGAUGGUUGGGCACCACGUCUCCUUCCUGGAGGCCCACGUGCUUCAGGCCGAGCGGGACCACGGGACCUUCUCGCAGGCUCUGCGGAGAUGGCUGGGCUCCACAGGGCUUCCCUCCUUCAGGAACAACCCGCCGGCGCCGCUGCCCUUCGAGCUGCCUGCGCUGUACCGCACGGAGGACUAUUUCCCCGCAGCCGCCGGCCACGCCGCCCUGCGGCCCCCUGGCCCCCCACGCCGGCGCCUGUGAGCCCUGUCGUGUCGCUGUCAGUGUGUGCUUUGAUCCCCUCGCUCGCUGCACGUGAAACCACGGGUUCGGAGACGCACUGGGGGCCCCCGCGUGUGCUGCCUGAGCGCUGAGCUGGACCAGGCCCUUCCCGCCGGUGUUCUGGGCUCCGGGGGUCUGAGCAGCCACUGAGGCUGUAGGUCCCCAGGACUCGGAGCCCCCCGUCUCUCUGUGAGGGGCUUUGCGUGGGAAUCGUGGGGGGUCCGCUCGGUGCCGCCAGGCGCAUGGCUCCGGGGUCACCUGUGGUGGUUGAUUUGUCUGUGAACCCCAGUGCCCGCUGGCCUGUGAAUCAUCUCAAUAAAGGUGUCAAGAGGU